AUUCAACAGUUAUUUACAUUUUAUUAGAAAGUGGCGCUAAUCCAAAUAUGCGUAACAAGUAUGGUUGGACACCAGCGCAUGUUGCUCGUCAUCAACAUUAUUUAAAUAUAUUUGAAGCAUUACGUCAGGUAACUACAUGUGUGGAAUCAUGGGAGCAUGAAAAUACUGAUGAAUUGCCAAUGAAUGCAGAAUUGGCAUCAUCUAUAUCAUCUGGUCCAGAGUAUCAUAAUUCAUCUUUGAGUAGACAACAGCAUAUCUCUGCUAAUCGACUUGGCCUUGAACAUCCAGACAUGAUGAGAGAUAAUCCAAUUACAGAUACUGAAGAAGAAUGUAUUGAACCGGAUUUCACAAUUAUGCCAUCAUCACCAUUAUUUUCACGUGCACAAAGUAGACAGAGCCUUAGUCAACAAAUACACAUACAACCACAACAACAACAAUAUGUUCAACAUCAUCCACAAUCUCAUCACAAAUCAGAUAACAAACAUUCUGAUGAACAACAUUAUGGACAUCGUAGUGGUGGUGUGAAUCACGUUAAAAUAGCUCCAGAUAAAUUAUCAAAUGUAUCAGGUGAAGAUAGUAUACAUGAAGGCACAACAGCGGAAAAUGCUCACGCACUGAAUUGGCGUGAUGGACAUUUAAAUUAUGGUACCAGGGAAGUUGGAUUGUCUGAAACUCGAAUAAGUCGAGAUUAUGCUGAACUCGGUAUGGCAGGUGCUCCAAGUUUAACAGGGUUUUCCGGACUAGUCGAAUGGGAUUUCACCCCAGACAAUGUACCGAUUCCUCGAAGACCUAUAGCUUCAGGCUUUCUUGUAUCAUUUUUGGUGGAUGCACGUGGUGGAUCGAUGCGUGGUAGUCGUCAUCCAGGUCUACGAAUUUUAGUCCCACCAAGUGCAGCAAGUGCACCAACACGUAUUACCUGCCGUAUGUUACGACCUGAACGUACAGCUCGACCACCUCAAUUGAAUGAUUGUGAAGGAUUAGCUUGUCGUAUCAUUGAGUUAGGACCGCAUCCAUGUCGUUUCAAUUCACCAGUUGUGUUAGAAAUUCCACAUUUUGCUUCAUUACGUGGUCGUCAACGUGAACUCGUUGUAUUACGUAGUGAUAAUGCUGAAAUAUGGCGUGAACAUUCACUAGAAGCUACAGAUCAAGCAGUUCAGUCAGCUGUAGGUCAAAGUUUCGAUACGUUAGAGACGCUGGAAGAACUUCGUGCGAAACGUAUUAUUCGUAUAUUGACUAAUGAUUUUCCACAAUAUAUGGCAGUUGUUAGUAGAAUACGCCAAGAAUCAUCUUUAGUUGGUUCAGAUGGUGGUGUUCUUAGUUCAACAGUUGUUCCACAAGUUCAAGCUGUAUUCCCAGAAGGUGCACUACAGAAAAGAAUUCGUGUUGGUUUACAAGCUCAACCAAUCGCUCCAGAGUUAGUUACACGAUUAUUUGGUAAUCGUGUUACAGUCUCGCCAAUUGUCACAUUAGAACCACGUCGUCGUAAAUUUCAUAAACCAAUCACCUUAACUAUACCAUUACCGAAAGCUGUUGUUCGUGGUAUGCUGAAUCCAUCGGUGAAUGAUUUAAAAUCACAAAAUGUACCAAGUUUACGAUUGUUGUGCAGUAUUACCGGUGGUACAGCGCCAGCACAAUGGGAAGAUAUUACUGGAUCUACACCAUUGUCUAAAGUGAAAGAUUGUAUCUCCUUCACGACAACAGUUUCAGCGAGAUUUUGGCUAAUGGAUUGUUCAGCUGUACAUGAAGCUGCAGAAUUUGCAAGUAUGUUGUAUGCCGAAGCCACAUUAGUUCCAUAUAUGGGUAAAUUUGUUGUAUUUACCAAACGUUUGGAUAUGGAUGAAGCAUUAGUUCGAUGUUUCUGUGUCACAGAUGAUAAAGUAGACAAGACCUUGGAAUGUCAAGAAGGUUUUGAAUUGUGUGCUGCUUCACCAGAAGUUGAAAUAAUUGAAAGUCGACCAGUUUGGUUGGAAACAGCUGGUAAUUUAUUACCUGUAGCAAAAUUAAGUGAACAAUUACGUUUACAUUUCAAUGCAUUCCAUGAGAAUAGACUUGCAUUUCCAGUACGUGUAAAAGAUCUUCAACACGAAGCUAUUAGUAAAUUAGCAUUUAUGCGUGAACCACGACAACUAAUUCGAGAUGGAGAUGGUGAUUCACAAUAUAUCUAUCAUGAAAUAACUCCUGUUCAAAAACCAUUAUGUACAUUAGAAAUUCGACUUAGUUCAGAUAAUGGUGUUAAUGGUCAACAUGGUCUUGAUCUUUCAUUGAUUGGUUUAGAAAAUCAUCCAGAAUUUUUAGAUCAAUUAAAUGAAACUAGUGCAGCUGAAUUAACAAUGGGUUCAUUAAGUUGUGUAUUCCCAUAUCCUAAACGUGUUAUUAAUGAUGAACAAAUUCUUAAUGGACAAAAUAAUGAAAUUAAUAAACCUAUUGGUGGUAAUUUGGCAUCAACUUAUACAUCAGAUGUAAUUGCUCGUAGCCAAAUUGAUUUACUGCAAGUUGCUAGUGAAAUUGGCUCAGAUUGGCCUAAACUAAUCGAAUUCCUCUUACCUCAAUCUCAUUUAAAUAGUUCAUGUACUGUGAAUCAAUUAGUUAAUUGGAUUAAUGAAAAUGAACCAAAAUGGCAAAUUAAAAGAAAUCAGUUAGCUAUGGAAAUGGGUAAAAUAACAGGAGAAAAUGACGGAGGUGAUGUAGUUGGCAGUUUUGGUGGUCCAAUUAGUGUAAAUGAAUUACGUACAAUACAAGAUCAAGCAUUAGCGGUACUAUUGGCAUGGCGUGAAGAAAAUGGAGAUUCAGCCACAGGUAAUGAAUUAGAUUAUGCACUUCGUCAAAUUGGCCGUGAAGAUGUCAUUAAAUCAUGUAUGCGUGAUAUUCGUUAUGUACUUGAUGCUGAUGAACAUACAAAGGCUACGCGUCAAAUAGAUGAAGGUAAACGUUCAGAUCCUGUGAAUCCUAAUUUGUCAGAUCCCUUCUCAACUUCUCUAGCAGCAACAUCAACUUUAAUGUCUGGCAUGAAUGACAUAACAGCUAAUGAUGUUGGUGACCAGUCUAUGAUUGGCUUUGAUAGAAUAGAUGCAUUAAAACAUCCAGAUGUAAGGAUUACUCCGAUGCCAGAUGAAUCAGAGCUGAUUCCUCAAACUCAUCUUGGCCUAGAUAGUCAAAGUCCAAGAAAAUCCGACGUCAUUAUUCAUGGUAGUGGUGAUGAAGAAGUAGAGGGACGACCUUCUCCUGCUUCACAACAAGGUCAGACUGAAGUAGAAGAAGACAAUGAAGAGUUUUGGCAACAACAACAACAUCAAGCAGGAAUUGAACCAGCUUGUUCAACUAGUCAACAAGGUGGUGAUCCAAUGGUUGUACAGAAACAUGAUGAAAUAAUAGUACAAGAAGAAGCAGAUAUAAUUCGCGACAGUGAAUCAAUGAGCAGUUCUGAAUUGAUUGCAUCUACUUUACAAGGUUCUCAACAAGAGAUCUAUGAUACAGAUGCGAAAAUUGCAGGCACAUUAAAGUUAGAAGGUGAAGUUGAAGAAGAUGCACUUCAGAGUCAACAACAGCUGGAAAAUAUUGCAGGUCAUCAUAGAGAAGCGGACUUAUUAUCACCUACACAAAUCCAUCAAGAAGAACAUAGUAUUACUAGUUUAUCAGAGGAUAAUAACGGUGAUGCUGGUUUAAAACAGUUAACAAGUGCCAAUAAUACCAACACUAAUGAUAUAACAACUUCAACUAGAUCACAACCUACUAGUGAACAUCGUUGGGAUCAAGAAGAUGAUCUAUCAGAUAUUGUUUUACAAAACGAAACUGAUAAAAUGAGUGAAACCGAUAUUCAGUCGUCACAUGAAGUGACAAAUAAUGAAACACCAGAUGUAGAUAUAAGACAUGCUCAUCAUGUUGGCUAUACAUCAGAUCAACCGAUAGAUAAUAAUCAUAGUAGUAUAAUGCAAAAUCUUGAAGCAUAUAAUGAACAAGAUGUUAUUGGUGCUAAUGAAUUGGAUGUUAUGGAAUCAUCAAGACAACGACAAGAUAAUUCUAAUGAACAUCAACAACAACAACCUUCAAUCGUUGCUUCAUCAAAUGCACAUCAUGGUCUUGCAUCUAUUCCACAUAAUGAAGAUGGUGGCAAUUCUGUUGAAUAGAAAAAAUUGUUUAGAAAAAAUAAAUACAGAACAAUAGUAACAACAAAAUAAACGAAACGUCUCAAAGAGAAAAUCCGGUUUCAUGUAGUUGUUAUUUGCCAUGCUUUUUUUGUGUAGAUUUUGUUUUAUAUUCGUUAUCACUUUAAUUGUUUUCUUCUUUAUAAUAAGAAUGUGGGUUAAUGAUGAGAGGGCAUUAGGGAGAAAAGCUAUUCAUUGCAUUAUUGUUGUCUAUCUUUCUUGUUAUUUUCCACAUUCUCUCAUAUACACAAACUUCGCUAUGCCUUAUCUAGUCAUUAAAAAACAACAACAACACAGCAUCGAUGUUCGUUUCACAUGUGUUGUACACUUGCACACUUGCACACUUGCACACACACACACACCAUCACCCGUUCCUCUUUCGUUGUACUCCUUCAAUGCUCGACUUACCAUUAUUCUAUAUAUUGCUUGAUUUCUUUUUUUUUUGACUACAUCUCGCAAUACAAUACAAUAUUUUAUGCAAGUCAUAAUAAUAAAUAAUUAUGUAAUUUUAAUUUCUAUGUAUUAUUUUUUUGUUUCUAUUUUAAUUGAUUAAAUGGUUACACUCUUUACUGCUAUUUGAAUCAUGAUUAUUGUUAUUGUUAUUUGAAGAGAUAAUUCAAGGUGGAAACCUUUCAAGGAAUAUACAGUAACGAGAAAACAUACAUUCACACACACACACACACACUGAGAAGAAUCAUUACAAUUCGAUAAACAUACAAAGUUUCCCUAUUACUAUUUUUUUUGUUUGUUUGCUUGUUUUUCUUUUGAUGUAACACGAGAUUUUCGUUUGUUUUCAUCCGAAACGAUGAUUUUAUAUUUGAAUGUAGAGAAUUUUCUAUUGAAUGUUAAUCUGAUCUUUCGAUAUAUGGGUGUGUUGUUGUUUUUCUUUCAGUGCUACAGGAUACUUUAAUUCGUUAUUCUCUUUACUUCUCUUGUUCUAUCAUACAACAAUCUUUAUGGUAUUUUCAAUUGUUUGUUAGCAAUAUACAAAUAAAUAAUGCUUGAAUAAUAAUGGUUAUAUAGUGAC